UUAAUCCCUAAACCUAAAUUAUUUACUUCCUCCAUUUUUACACACACUCACACACAGUAACCCCUCUCACCCCCCCCCCCCCCCCCACACACACACACCUUAUCUCUAUUCUUCUUUUGUCAGUUUCUUCAUUUCUGUAACUGUAAAAGUUUUCAAAACUGCAAUGGCGUAAAUAGGCGGUUCCGUCAUGGCCUCACAGGACAAGAGUAUGUGUAUCGAUGAUCAUGGGUUGUACGAUGAUGAUGAAUUGGGUGGUUGGAUUAAUAAUUUCUUGAAAGAUCCGGUUCCGGAGAGUUUGGAUGGAGAUGUUCUUAGUGAAGAUUUUUCUAAGCUCGGUCCUAUCCCGUCAGAGGUCUUUCGGGAGGUGUUGACGCCAGUCGGUGUUGGUGGCGCGUAUGCGGAUUUUGUGACUGGUUAUGGUGGUUGUUCUAAUGUAGGAACUUUCGAAGCAGAAUUUAAGCCUAUUAUUCACAAACAAGUCUCAAAAUCGCACUUAAAACCGCAACAACCGACAAGGUUUUCACAAGAAAAGAAGUAUCGAAUUCCAAAAUCCUUUGAAGCGCCUAGCCCUGACUCGGUCCUCGAACGACGCACCUCCAGCUCAGCCGGAAAGGCUGUCUCGUUCGGAAUCGAAAUAGCCAUACCCGUAAGAACCCGAACCAAGCGGUCACGGUCACAGUCAGGGUCAAGUUUGACUGCAAACACAUGGUUAAAGUCAAUCCAACAAUUUCCAAUUCAAAGGGUGCGGAAAAAGAGACGAAAACUUCCUCAACAUGAUGAUCCUAAUGAAGUCAAGAAAUGCAGCCAUUGUGAGAUAACUAAAACCCCACAAUGGAGGGAAGGCCCAAUGGGACCAAAGACGCUCUGCAACGCUUGUGGGGUCCGGUACAGAUCGGGGCGGCUGUUCCCGGAGUAUCGUCCGGCUGCAAGCCCGACGUUUAUACCGUCGUUGCAUUCAAACUCUCACAGGAAGGUGGUAGAGAUGAGACAAAAGGGAGCAGCCAUGAAUAAUUAUGUUAUGAAGAAACCUUUUGAUGAGUUGAAAUGUUCAAAUUCAACACUCUAGGAUUUGUUCAUGGGUAGUUAUUAAUCUCCUUGUUUUGUGUUAGACUUAGAAAUUUAGAGCAUUGUUAUGAUUUCAUUAUUAAAGUAGGUUUUCUUUAUUUUGAA